AUGCCCUACUCAAUCUGGACACGGAACCUCACGCGAUCCUUAAAUCAAGUCAGCCCAGGCUUGACCAUUGGCCUUUGUAAGAUGCCGGCCGUUCCAUGGGUCUUGGACUGUGGUCUACCCAACACUGCAAAACCGGACAUUACUGUCAAUCAAAGGAAUCUCAAUCGUCUUUCGGAUACUGUCAAGGCUUUGGUCGAGAUUCCUGACCAUCUGACUCAAGCAACUCACCUUGCUGAUGAAUUUCGUCGCGAUCUUCUGCCAUUAAGCAUGAACUUGCCUUACAGCGCUACUCAUACUCUGGUCAAAGAAGUGAACAUUUUACUGGUGCAGAUACCCUCUUAUGCACGUGAUCUUGACGCCAAUCUUCGACUGAUCAACUACACAACGACUCAGCUGCUCCGCGAGUCUACAAAGGGGACACAGGCCGAUGAUUCGGUCCCCUCUAGAGAACCUUGGAGGGGCGUGGGCACCAUAUGGGGAGGCUUUCACAACCAGGUCGUCACCCAUUUCAGUAUCUUCAUCACUGAGUUUGCAAAGAUGCACCACAAAAGUGAGAUGCUGCUCUUAAUAUGUCAGACAAUGUCAGACAGUCUAGAGACCUUACGAAUCGAGACCGAGCAAUCACAGUCAAACCAAGCCGAAAUCGAGCAAGCGAACAAAGCAAUCAGAUUCUGGAAAUUUUCAACCACGCUCGAUCGCGAUUCAACACAUGCUUUGAAAAUGAUCAGCCAUCUCCACACCGUUGUCGAAAAUGCACUGGAUCUGUUGAGAAAAAAUCACAAUGCUGCUGAAGCUGCGCUGGCAUCGUUGCGGGAAGCUAAAAGGAAUAUCAUUGCUGGCAAGCCGGACUGGAGAGUGCUCAUCGGAAAGAGGGCGAGACAUAUCCCAGCCACUCUUGUUGAUGUGGAAGAGGCUAGGACGUUGUCCCUAGAACUCCUCGCGUACAGAAUGCAACUACGCGACAAGGCGGAUUCAGAUCGUCACGCUCGAAUGUCGAAGAUCCAUGACGGCCACGGACUUCAUUGA